AAGUAAGCCCAGGAAACUUUGUUAAUGAAAUCGAUCACAGCAAAGCAGGGACAAGCAGGAAAGGGGUAAAAACGUGUUUUUCUCAUUCAUGUUCUUUCCUCUUCUGCGAGUCUGAUUUUCUACUGUAUAGAAUUAAAAAGGUAUGACGGACAAAACAGAAAAAAAGGCAGAGCUCAACAUCCCGGGAUAUAUUUCAGAAGUUAAAGUUGAUGAUAAUUUACUAGAUGACAGAGUUGCUGAUUCUAUUGGGAGGCGAGGGCUGUUAGUUUUUGCUGAGAAUAGACUCGACAACGAAAAAAGUUCUGAUUCAGAAAGCAACUGUGAAGAUGCAUUGUCAUUUAGUGAUACAAGCAGUAUCAUUUCCAUCGCUGCUGAUAAAAUGAAGGUGCAAUUUGAUAUAAUCACAACAAAAAUUGUCCACGAUUCCAGUGGAAAGUACGUGAAGUACAUCGUCAUUGUGAUGGAAGUACCAAAGAUGGACUCUGAUCGAGCUAUAAUUGAAAGACGUUUCAGCGAGUUUAGCAAAUUGCACAGCGGCCUCAAGAAAGAAUGCCCUAAAACAGUGGCCAACGUGCCGUUUCCGUCAAAAAAGUUUUUUAGUAGAAAUUUCGACGACACGCUCAUAGAAGAACGUUCUCGUAAAUUGGAAAAAUAUUUACGCUAUAUAUAUCAUCAACCGGGCGUGCCCGAAACGAAAGCUUUUCUUAAGUUUUUCUAUCGGCCGCAUUUAAAAGAAGCGACACAGCGCUUAAAAUGCGAAGAAUAUCGAAACAGUUACGAUCAAUACAGACUGGCGCUUCAGUUGCAGAAAAAACUCGGAAGUAAUCAAGACGAAAUGGUUGUCUCGAUGUGCGGCGUUGUUGAAACGUGUCGAAAUUUGAAGAAUUACGAAGAGGCAGAAGAAAUAGGAUCGGAGUGUUUGGAGUUAUUACAAUACGACGUACAAAAUCCAUACUUGUUACCGCUAAUGCAUGCGGUGAUCGACGCGAGAAAGAGACUGUUUAUGAAUACUGAUGGUAUAAAGAGAAAGUUAAAAGAAUGUGAAAAAGUUACGGCGUUCGAUUUAGAAUCGAUCAAAACUUUAAGAGAACUUUCUGUAGAGUGGUGCUAGCACGUUGUUUAGUGUUGUAGUGUCAUAACGAUAUUGACGCGUUUUUCUGCACAUGCUGUGUGUACCAGUGCGAUAGCUGACGCGUUUUCCUGCAGUCUGUGUGUUUAUCAGCGCGAUAGCAAGGCGUGCGUGCACCUGGGCUGCGGGUGCAUUGGUUCAGCAUGUGGAAUAUGUUGGCGUGUUCUUUCACUCACCGGGCACAGAAAGACUUUACAGACAACAAUUGUCUUCAAAUCUUAAAAUCUCAUCUGGAAUGAUAACGUGUGAUGCCAUAAUAAUAGUUGUUUUUUGUUUUAUGAAAGUCGUUCUUAAAGUUUUAUAUUUUUGAUGUUUCGACACAGGAUUGACUUUUUAAAUCUAACUGUCAAAUUUGAAAAAGGACCAGCCCAAGGCGUGUCGAAACAUUAUAGAAAAUAUAAAACUGUUUUAUGAACGACUUUCGUGAAACGUACAACUCGCUAUUUUGAUGAAAUGUCUUUAAAUUAUUUCGUUUGUUGCGUUACUACAAAUGAUACACAAGAUGGAAUUUUCAUUGCUUUACAAGUUACGUUGUCACGUGUAAAAGCAAGGUGUUGUUGCUUAGUUACCAACGAUAGCAUAAAUUUGAAGUGGGGAAAAUGUUCAAAAACGCCGUUUAGUCGGUCAAUUUUCUUUUUUCUUUUUUUACUUUUUAAGUGACAAAUUUUUAUGAUUCCUAAAAAAAUGACCAUGUAUAUUAAAGUUUCUUAAACAAAUGGAGCACCAAUCUAAAGUUCGUUCGUGUAUGGUGUGAAAAAUAUUUAGGGAUCUAUUUAUUUAACAUUCAGUUUAAAAAAGAUUUUUAGUGGUGGGUUAAUUAUUUCAGUCCGCCCUGAUUGUUAAGCAUUCUGAAUUUCGGUGGCAGUCAGUUAUUUCUCUUGUUUUCAAUUAAAAUGACUUAACCGUGACUUCAUAAAAUAGGGGAAUAAUUUUUUUCAAAAUAUAUAUUUUUAUAUUUUGUAUAUAGCUGUAAAAUAUAUAUUAAUUUUAAAAGUUUUUUGGAUGAUAUUUUGGCACAUAUCUUA